AUGGCGUCGUCCUUCAUUACAUUUGUAUUGAAAAUAGUUGUUGUCUGGGUUUCUUUGAUCACCAUUAAUGUAAGCCCUGCUAUUACAUUAACAGAAGAAGCCAAGGCUCUUCUCGACUGGAAGGCUAGUGGUCUCUACUUUCCUGAAUCUUGGAAUGCAAAUGAUACAAGCCCUAGUAAGUGGAAGGGGAUAACUUGCAACACAGCGGGAAGACUAACAAUGUUAGAUUUGUCACAUUCCGUCAUAUAUGCUGAGCUCAACAGAUUGAAUUUCUCCUCUUUCCAAUUUCUAGUUCGUCUUGAUCUCAGUUGGAAUGAUGGAGACUACUAUGGAAUUUGGGGAACCAUACCAGACAACAUCGGUAUGCUUUCCAAACUUACCCAUCUCUACUUAUCUUACAAUAGAAUCACUGGAUCAAUACCUCGAGAGAUAGGAAACCUCAAAAAUCUCAAUCACUUGGACCUCUUUCACAAUAUGAUCAAUGGCUCAAUACCUCGAGAGAUAGAAAACCUCAAAAAUCUCAAUCAAUUGGACUUCUUUCACAAUAACCUCACUGGCUCAAUACCUCAAGAGAUAGUAAACCUAAAAUAUCUCAAUCAGUUGGACCUCUCUCACAAUAUGAUCAAUGGCUCAAUACCUCCAGAAAUAGGAAACCUCAAAAAUCUCAAUCAAUUGGACCUCUCUCACAAUAGGAUCAAUGGCUCAAUACCUCCAGAGAUAGGGAAACCUCAAAAAUCUCAAUAA